GGGGAACGUGGAGAGCGCGGACGGGGAGGCGCUGCCCCGGGCCCCGGGAACGCCGGCGUCCCCGGGGGGAGCCGGACUGUUCGCCCCGGGCAAGAUGCCGAUGCCGGAGCCCUGCGAGCUGGAAGAGCGCUUCGCCCUGGUGUUGAGCUCCAUGAACCUGCCCCCGGACAAAGCCCGGCUCCUGCGCCAGUACGACAACGAGAAGAAGUGGGACCUCAUCUGUGACCAGGAGCGGUUCCAGGUGAAGAGCCCACCCCAUGCCUACAUCCAGAAGCUGCGCAGCUUCCUGGAGCCAGGUGUCACACGGAAGAAGUUCAGAAGGAGGGUGCAGGAGUCGACCAAGGUGCUGCGCGAGCUGGAGAUCAGCCUGAGGACGAACCACAUCGGGUGGGUGCGGGAGUUCCUCAAUGAUGAGAACAAGGGGCUGGAUGUGCUGGUGAACUACCUGUCCUUCGCUCAGUGCGCCGUCAUGUUGGAUUUUGAGGGCCUGGAAGGCGGUGAGGAUGGUGCACUGGAGAAGCUGCGUGCCUGGAGCAGGUCCAUCGAGGAUCUGCAGCACCCCAGCGCCCUGCCCGCCCCCUUUGCCAGCAGCCUGGCCCGCUCUGCCCGCCAGACCGCUCUACGGGCUGGGGUCCCCCUCUCUGGCUGUGCUCUCUCUCUCUCUCCUCCGUGCCCACCUCGCCGCCCGCCCACCCGCCGGCUAUGGGACACUGCCCAGCCGCAGGGCACUGAAGAACUCGCGCCUGGUGAGCCAGAAGGACGAUGUCCACCUCUGCAUCAUGUGUCUUCGGGCCAUCAUGAACUACCAGGUACUGUCACCCCACGGUGGGGACACGCUGUCACCACUGCCACCACAGUUGACAUUGUUUAUUCUUCAUCCCCUCAGUACGGCUUCAACCUGGUCAUGUCUCACCCACACGCUGUCAAUGAGAUCGCCCUGAGCCUCAAUAACAAGAACCCGAGGAUGAAGGCACUGGUGCUGGAACUGCUGGCAGCUGUCUGCCUGGUGAGGGGCGGCCACGAGAUCAUCCUCGCGGCCUUUGACAACUUCAAGGAGGUGUGCAAGGAGAAGCACCGCUUUGAGCGGCUGAUGGAAUACUUCCGCAACGAGGACAGCAGCAUUGACUUCAUGGUGGCCUGCAUGCAGUUCAUCAACAUCGUGGUGCACUCGGUGGAGGACAUGAACUUCCGUGUCCAUCUCCAGUACGAGUUCACCAAACUGGGGCUGGAGGAGUUCCUGCAGAAGUCGAGGCACACAGAGAGUGAGAAGCUGCAGGUGCAGAUCCAGGCGUACCUGGACAAUGUCUUCGAUGUUGGGGGGCUGCUGGAGGAUGCCGAGACCAAGAAUGUGGCCCUGGAGAAGGUGGAGGAGCUGGAGGAGCACCUGUCCCACCUAACGGAGAAGCUGCUGGACCUGGAGAACGAGAACAUGAUGCGGGUGGCAGAGCUGGAGAAGCAGCUGCUGCAGCGAGAGAAAGAGCUGGAGGUGGUCAAGGAGACCUACGAGCACACGAGCCACCAGGUGCACACGCUGCGCAGGAUGAUCAAGGAGAAGGACGAAGCUUUCCGGAGGCACUACGGUUCUGAGCCGCCCCCCCUUCCCAGUGUCGAGCCCCCACCUCCGCAGGUGGAGCCCUUGGAGGAGACCCUGCGUCUCCCGGUCCUGCCCCCGGUGGAGGUUGCACCGCCCCCGCCCCCUCCGCCUCCCCCUCUGCCGCCUCCUGCGCCCCCACUCCCAGGGAAGUGUCCCCCAGCCCCGCCGCUGCCCGGGGCUUCACCCUCCAUCGCCCUCACAGUCGGGCUCUCAGCCAUCCGGAUCAAGAAGCCCAUCAAGACCAAAUUCCGGUUGCCUGUGUUCAACUGGACGGCGCUGAAGCCCAGCCAGAUCAGCGGGACGGUGUUCAGCGAGCUGGACGACGAGCGUGUGCUGGAGGACCUGGACCUGGAGCGCUUUGAGGAGCUGUUCAAGACCAAGGCGCAGGGCCCGGCACUGGACCUGGUGUGUGCCAAGAGCAAGGCGGCGCAGAAAGUGGCCACCAAGGUGACACUGCUGGAAGCCAACCGUGCCAAGAAUUUGGCCAUCACCUUGCGCAAGGCCGGGCGCAGCGCUGAGGAGAUCUGCCGGGCCAUCCACACGUUUGACCUGGCGACGCUGCCGGUGGAUUUUGUGGAGUGCCUGAUGCGGUUCCUGCCCACCGAGGCGGAGGCGAAGGCACUGCGUCAGUACGAGCGUGAGCGGAAGCCGCUGGAGGAGCUGGCGGACGAGGACAGGUUCAUGCUGCAGUUCAGCAAGGUGGAGCGGCUGCCGCAGCGCAUGGCCAUCAUGGCCUUCCUCGGCAACUUCGCUGAGAACAUCCAGAUGUUGACACCGCAGCUCAAUGCCAUCAUCGCAGCCUCGGCCUCUGUCAAGUCGUCCCAGAAGUUGAAGCACAUGCUGGAGAUCAUUUUGGCACUGGGCAACUACAUGAACAGCAGCAAACGCGGUGCAGUCUACGGCUUCAAAUUACAGAGCCUGGACCUGCUCCUGGACACCAAGUCAACAGACAGGAAGAUGACGCUGCUGCACUUCAUCGCGCUGACGGUGCGGGAGAAAUACCCAGAGCUGGCGACCUUCUGGCAGGAGCUGCAUUUUGUGGAGAAGGCUGCAGCAGUGUCCCUGGAGAACGUGCUGCUGGAUGUGAAGGAGCUGGGCCGGGGGAUGGAGCUGCUGCGGCGGGAGUGCGGGCAGCACGAGAGCGCAGUGCUGCGCGGCUUCCUGGGCGGCAGCGAGGGGCAGCUCGAGCGGCUGCAGCGCGACGCGCGCACGGCCGAGGACGCCUACAACACUGUGGUGCGGUAUUUCGGCGAGAGUCCCAAGACGACCCCCCCAUCCGUCUUCUUCCCGGUCUUUGUCCGAUUCAUCCACUCUUACAAGGAUGCAGAGCAGGAAAACGAGACACGGAAGAAGCAGGAGGAGGUGAUGCGGGAGAAGCUGCUGGCACAGGAGGCUAAAAAGCAGGAGAAGCGGAACAAGUGGCAGCAGCAGGAGCUGAUCGCGGAGCUGCGGCGGCGCCAGGCCAAGGACCACCGGCCCAUGUACGAGGGCAAGGAUGGCACCAUCGAGGACAUCAUCACCGCGCUGAAGAGCGUCCCCUUCACUGCCCGCACGGCCAAGCGGGGCUCCCGCUUCUUCUGCGACCCGUCCCACCACGACGAGUCCAGCUGUUAAGACCCCAGCCCGAAGGUGGAUCCGCCUGUAGCCGAGCAAGGCUGAAGAGCCCGACUGGGGGGCAGGGGAGGACUGAGGCUGCCUCAGUUUCCUUUUCUCAACCCCCUCUGCCCCACAGGUGCCCAGAGAGGCUCCAUCCUGCCCUGACACCAUGUGGGAACAGGGCCAAAAUGUCCUCGUGCCAUCAUGUUCACGAGUAACAUCCCUGUGCCAGGGGAGACCCUGCACCCAGACCACCCCCUGCCCACCCAAGGCAGAGGCCAGAUCCUUCUGUGGUGGGGCCCCAGCAUCAGAAGCUGACCUGUGGGGUGCCCUCUCCCCAUCGGGGUCCCCUUGUCCCUGGGGGGCUCACUGCCUCAGAGCCCCCACCCCCACUACAGGGACCAUGGGGACCCCUCCACCCCGCGCUCGACACUUUGACCACUGAUGUGAACACUAAGUGCCAAAAAAAAGGGACCAAAGCCAGGCUGGGGGGGCACUGGGAGAGGGGCAGGAUGGUGCCCCCCACUCCAGGACUCCCCCGGCCCAUCCCCCU